UAAUGGAAGGGUGCUGCAGGUUUCCCCCGGUCUCCAGUAAAGUGGAGCAGCAGAAGAUCCAGCUCUGAUCAGCAGCAGCUCCACACCUCUGUACUCAGACUGAUCUGCUGGAGGAACACCAUCAGCUCACCUGCUGCAGAAAUAAAUACCAACCUGUUGCAAGUCUCCUCCUGCUUCUGGUGUCGAUUGCCCUACCUGGAUAAAAUUUAGCUUCACAAAUACAGAUUCAGAAGAUUUCACAAAAAUAUUGAGCUGCUGAACAAACGGGAGAACAUGGAAUCCAGAGAAAUCUCCAAUACUCAGCCAACAUCCUCUCCUACCCCUAGCAGACAAAUGCAGAAAAGCACAGACAAGAAAGCUCUCCACUGUUCAGACUGUGGGAAGAGUUUUAAAUAUCAAAGUGACCUACAACAACAUCAGCGAGUUCACACUGGAGAGAAACCAUAUCACUGCUCAGACUGUGGGAAGAGCUUUACUACAAAGCGUCAUCUCAAAGUACAUCAGCGCAUUCACACAGGAGAAAAACCAUAUUAUUGCUCAGAUUGUGGUAGGAGUUUUACUGCACAGAGUACUUUCAAAAGACACCAGCGUGUUCACACCGGAGAGAAACCGUAUCACUGCUUAGAGUGUGGGAAUAGUUUUACUACACAGGGUUAUCUCCAACAACACCAGCACAUCCACACAGGCGAAAAACCGUAUCACUGCUUAGAGUGUGGGAAAAGUUUUACUACCCAGGGUAAUCUCCAACAACACCAGCUUAUUCACACUGGAGAGAAACCAUAUUAUUGCUUAGAUUGUGGGAAGACUUUUAAUCAACAGAGUAAUCUCAAAACACACCAGCGCAUUCACACUGGAGAGAAACCGUAUCACUGCUUAGAGUGUGGGCAGAGUUUUACUACACAGGGUCAUCUCCAACAACACCAGCGCAUUCACACUGGAGAGAAACCAUAUCAUUGUUCAGACUGUGGGAAGAGUUUUCAUCAACAUAGUAAUUUUAAAAAACACCAGCGCAUUCACACUGGAGAAAAACCAUAUCACUGCUCAGACUGUGGGAAGAGUUUUUCUCGACGAUGUGCUCUCCAAAAACACCAGCGCAUUCACACUGGAGUGAAACCAUAUCACUGCUCAGAGUGUGGGAAGAGUUUUUGUAAACGGAAUAGUCUCGAAUCACACCAGCGCAUUCACACUGGAGUGUAACGUAUCACUGAUCAGAGAGUAAAGCUUUAGGCAUUCAUAUACAUUGAUGAAAUGCAAGUGCACUAAGAGUAUUUAAGACUUUUACACACCUAUAACCAUUAGAGGAACCAUAUGACUUCCAGGGGUAUCCUCAGACAUUUAGCAAAGUCAUUAAAAUUAUGAAUGAAAUUUCGAAAGUACAGUCGACUCUAUCCAGCAACAGCUUCAAGAGUCAAGAGGCUUUUCCUGUCAUUACAUCUGAGUACAGUUACACUCUUUUUUUAGUUAUCUUAGAAAAUAAUGUCAGCAUGUAUGGCAGACAUCAGUUAUCCUUAUCCUUACUUUAUGCACAUCAACUGGUGUUCGCUGUCUAUUGUGUUCAACUGCACUACCUCCAUUUUACAUCACACACACACACACUAAAGACUGUACUUUUAUAAUUUCAUUUUAUUUUUUAUUUUGUUGUAUUUAUAUGUAUCAUUUAUAUAUUUUUUUUAUCUUUUUGUAACUUUGUGUACUAUACACACCUGCUGCUGGAUGUCAAGAAUUUCCCCUCGGGGAUCAAUAAAGUAUCUAUCUAUCUA